AUGCCUGCAACUCCUGCAUCCACUUCUGGCACUUUGAAUGCUGGAAGCCAUUACCAACUCCUGAAGCUGAGCCUUGCAACUAUUUCCUGCACAUUGGCAAUGGCUGGAUCGCGCAUCUGUGCAUGCAUCUCUCAAUAUCAGACUGAAACUGCCAGCAAUGGUGUACCUUCUGACCAGAUCAAGUAUUUUAAAGCCAGGCUGCAAUGGGAGAUGAAUUACUCCGCUUCAGAGAAUAUUGUGACAUCUGUGUUUGCAUAUACAUGUCCAUGGUGGAUGGGAAACUCCAGAAUCCCAGAUCAACCAUGGCAGUGGGAUGAAAUAAUGGCCUCCUGUGUCUCUCACUACCAGUAUUGGGUGCUUAAUGUUGAGGAUGACUCUUUGGUUCUUCCAGAGAAGUUGAAAAACACUUCGAGUCCACCACUGAUGGGACUGAGGUGGAUUAAAGAACACAUGGAAGUAUUGAUUGAGGAGCAAGAUGAGGGCAUCCAAGCCAAGAUGGCAGAGGUGAAGAUGUACACUGACAUGUUAGAGAAAUUGAGGAAAGGCAAAGGAGUUCUAUGCAUUCAAAAAUCUUGCAUCCAAGUCCAGGAAGCAGGGGUCCCGAGUCCCGAAUUUUGGAGUCUGGGGCUCGGCAACCCGGAGCUUGGCAACUGUGUUGGGUGUCAGGGUAUCCGGAGUAUUGGAGAUCACAUGUUCCCGGAAGCCGAGGUCCCAAGUCCUGAAUUUCAGAGUCCGGGGUUCGGCGACCUGGAGCUUGGCAACUGUGUUGGGUGUCAGGGUAUCCAGAGCAUUGGAGAUCACAUUUGCAUCAGGGACUUGGUAUUCAGAACAAUGUCGAGUCCCAAGUCCCGAGUCCUGAGUCCCGAGCUCCGAGCUCUGAGUCCCAAGCUCCGAAACCCCCAUGCGGGACUCGGGACUCGGAGCUCGGGACUCAACACUUUUCUGAAUACUGAGUCCCUGUAUUUUGGGACUCGGGACUCAAAGAUCAGAGCUCGGAGCUCAGGACUCGGGACUCAACAUUGUUCUGCAUACUGA